ACAAGAGCCAGUUUGAGAGAUGUAAUAUGAGCCCAUCUUCAGCCUACUAUAGUAGGCUACAAGUCAUACCAGGCUACAAUGCAAUGCAACCGAUUGAGCUUUUAUUUCAAUCUGCAUUAAGGCUUGCAUUGUCACUUGCAUGUGCAUGAUACAUUCCUAUUUGCAAAAUGCAUUUCAAAUGCCAUUGUCAUUUUAAUAAUAAGAACAAAGUAAAUGUUGAUUAAUGUUUCUACCUACCUCCAAAUUAUCAAAAAGGCUUAUACAACACUAAAUAUGUAUUAUUAUAGUAGGCCUACUGGAUUUAGCAGGAUUUUACUGUAUUGUUAAGAUGGAGAAUGUUCUUAUUUUGAGGAUUUAUUAAUCAAACCAGGGUAAAAUUAGAUUGUAAUACUAAGAUUAAUGAAUAGCUGUUGGGAAGGAUUCUGAAAAAUAAGACAUAAAGGAUCCGAGUGAUUUCCUUCUCUGAAUAGUAUCGUGUAUCCAUAUGUACUCAAAUAUCUUUGAAGAUAUUUUUAUGAUACAUUGCUAAAAUACGUUUUCUUAAAGGACGUGGGAGGAGAGCAUGAAGUAGACUACUUUUUAUUCAAUCCUUUUUCACCUUAUGCACAGUAAUUAUUUGUGGAAAUUAUAUAGCUGUCAUUAACAGUAAAUGAGGGUUGUAGAUAAUAGCAUGCAAUUAAAUUACUUUGUUAAAUAUAUGGUUACUUUCCACCAGUGUCAGAAACAGACAUAAACAGGGCAAAGCUGGCAUGUUGAAUUUGUAUGUUUAUGUUUAUUAAGGAUCCCCAUUAUCUUUUGCUCUUGACAAAAGCUUAAUUAUCUUAUGUAAUGUUAGUAAGGCAACAUCUCCCCUGCUGAGCAGCUCAGUGUUGUCAUUCAAAUGUUGUAGGUCUCCAUUACCACAGCACCUCAACACCCUGCUGGGAUCCUUUCUGCCUCUGCACACAUACAAAACGUUACCUGAAAAGACACAAAAAAUCCACAGUUGUCAGUUAUGCUUUUCAGCAAGCUAUCCAUGAUGUGAACUAUCAUCUGGAAAUGGAAAGGUGUUCAUACACUGAAAACAACUACAGCAGAGGACACCAAAACAACGAUCACCAAUGACAACACAAGAGGGCAAACAAUGGUGGGAUCCAUAUGAAACUUCUAAUAAAAGACAAUUUGUCUACCGGCCAAACUUAGCUGCAGAGAUUGUGCUGUGCCCAGCGUCAACUUCAAUUACAGACUCAUAUUCACAGUCUGGACCUUUUGGAUCAACUGUGUACAGCAAGGAGUUUUGCUGUAAGCCGGCCUGUAAACCUGAGAGUAUUCGCACAGGAACAGCCUCGGGGCAGAGGAGAAACAACCCACAUCCCAGUCAGUCUUUCAUGAUGUGGAGGCUGCCUAAGGAUGCUGCACAAAGCUCUGAGUAUGUCAGCUUUCCUUGGAAAUAUCCCCCAUCUGAGGGGGUGAUCAGUAAAGCCUUGACAGCGCAGUACAGCUCCGUCUACAAAUGUGACUACAUGGAUAUGCCUCAAGAAAGAAGACUUGCACCUCUUCACAGCAGACAUGAAAUGCAAAUUUCUACUGAUACAGAGAUGAGGGGAAAUUACCGCGAGCCAAAGCAAAAACCUGAACUGCAGGGCAACUUCUAUCACUACAGCAGCAGCACAAAUCCCAACAUGUCCUGUCGUGGUAUAGUUCCUACUGUUGUGCAAAGGCACGCUCAGCAGAGAAGACCAGACUUGACAAGGUGGAAAGAAAUCACUAAUGUCACAGAUAUGAUAAAGACUUUGCUGCCCGAGGAGCUACAGCAGUUGCACAAAAUGUUACCUGAGCAGGGAAAGGAAGCUAAGAACAGCUUGAAGUAA